GGACUGUAAUCAGUGUGACACACGCAAGAUGGCUGCUUACAGGAGCGUGUUGAGUUUAGAUCGCUAGUUCGGAUUUUUUUUGUGUGUGUGUAGUUAGUGCUUUGUUUGUUUGUGUGUGUGUGUGUGUGUGAGAGCAGUUGUGGUUAUGGCUGCUGUUAGAGGGUUUUAUCGCUCCGUCCGUUUGCUGCUGCUCGGAAAGAAACACACCGAGCCAUGGAGCCAGGACAUCACAGUGAGGAGUUGGAGUGGAGCUGUAGCUGAACCAGCGCCAGAGGUCAGUCAGAAUGAAGUUAAUCAGACCUUCGUGAACCGGAACCCAAGGAAUCUGGAGCAGAUGGCCAUCGCUGUGAAGGACAGAGGCUGGGAGACCGUCUGGCCUAAGAGAGAGUACUACCACAGGUUGGUGUUGAAGCGCUCGCAGCAUCACGUGUCAGCAGCGGUGUUUCCUCGCGACUCUGACGUCCCGGUGUUGACGUGCUCCACGCAGGAGUGGGCGGUGAAAAAGCAGCUGAGCUCCACACACUCGGUGGCCGCGUGUCGCGCCGUGGGAGACGUUCUGGCUCAGCGAUGCUGCGAGGCCGGAAUCAUACGACUCUUUUACAGAGAGGUUCCCUGGACCUUCCGCUCCGACGCUGUCCAGACGUUUUGGACAGCUAUGAAGGAGGGAGGUGUGUUGCUCAGUGAACCCAAACGGAAAUUUAUUUAAUGUGUAUUUUGUUCUUUUAUAAUCUGAAGCACUAAUAAAGAUCUGAAUAAACAAUUUUUUCCAGUUGAAA